AUGGCCAGCACGAAGCAGGCACCUGCAGGCGGAGGCCAGAGUGACCGGGAGAGGCAGGAGAGGGAGGAGGAAGUCAACAAGAAGGAGCUGAAAGAGCUGCUGAAUGCGUUCAUCGACGGAGGUCUCGAAACUCCACCGCUCUGCACUGCUUCCACCAACGGAAACACGGGUUUAGUGGUGGCGCUCCUGGACAAAUCCAAAGCCGAUAAAAAUUGCAAAGACAACGUUGGUGAGACACCCCUGAUGAAAGCAGCACGCGAAGGCCACCUGCCCGUCGUGGAGAUCUUACUGGCCGCUGGUGUCGACGUCAACAUCGCCGCCGACGCCGUCGGAUCCACCCCUCUCACUCUUGCAAGCUCGAACGGUCACCUGCUUGUCGUGAAUGCCCUGUUGGGCGGGGGAGCGGACAAGGAUGCUGCCACCGACCGCGGCUCCACCUCGCUCAUGGCUGCUAGCUGGCAAGGUCACCUGCCUGUCGUGAAUGCCUUGUUGGACGGGGGAGCGGAUAAGGAUGCUGCCACCGACCGCUGCGACACCCCGCUCAUUGCUGCUAGCUGGUCAGGUCACCUGCCUGUCGUGAAUGCCUUGUUGGACGGGGGAGCGGAUAAGGAUGCUGCCAACGACGAUGGCAACACCCCGCUCAUUCUUGCAAGCUCGACCGGUCACCUGCCUGUCGUGAAUGCCUUGUUGGACGGGGGAGCGGAUAAGGAUGCUGCCAACUACGAUGGCAACACCCCGCUCAUUCUUGCAAGCUCGACCGGUCACCUGCCUGUCGUGAAUGCCUUGUUGGACGGGGGAGUGGAUAAGGAUGCUACCAACGACCGCGGCGCCACCCCGCUCAUUGCUGCAAGCCGGCGAGGUCACCUACCUGUCGUGGAGACUCUACUAACGGCCGGGUGCGACCCCGCCUUCCGUGAAAAUUCCCAGCGGUAUACCGCUCUACACUACGCCGCCCAGUUGAACAAAGUCGAAAUUGUCAGCCUCCUGCUGCGGUGGGGGGCGGACGAAACAAUCCUGGACGAACACCACAAGACUCCCGCGGAUAGGACCAACCACCAGCGAGAGAGUGCGCCUCCUGCUGGCCCGGGCUCCCGCCGGCAGGGCGUUGCGCCGCCGGGGCUGGCUCGUCAUGCUUCGUUCGCGCACCCUGAAGGCGAGGGCAGCUGGUGGCGACGGCGGCUCGGGUGGUUCAAGUGGCGACGGUGGCGACGGUGGCGACGGCGGUGCUGCGGGGGCGCGCUCCGUGAAGCAGCGGGGCGGGGCUGGCGGCGAGAAGGGGGGCUUUGA